UGCUGAGUAAUCUCAUUAUUUACACGGAUUCUGUACUUGUGCAGGAAAAGCUCCGCUUCCUGAAAACCUCUGUUCUCGCUUAUUUCCCACUCUGCUGCUUCUGCUGGUCAAUAGCACGGAGAAAUCCCAGGAUGGAGUAUAGAAAUCUACGGACACUUACACACGCAUUGCUGCUUCUGCUCUGCUCUUGGGUUGCCAGUUCAGUGGCAGUCCAGCAAAACCUCACAGAUUCUGCUCAUAAUGAGACCAAGCACAUUUUUAAGGACAUACAGUCAAUGCAUCUUUAUUUUGCAGAGUCAUGUUGGCUUGGUUACACCAGGAAUAUGUCCACAGUAAACUCGGAUAAUUGGUGUGAAUGGCAUCAUAUCAACAGACAUUACAGUAAUUUAAGAAUAUGCCUAGAGGACUUGGCUGAAAUUUUGAAUCUUGCAUUCCCAAAUAAUAUAGCCAAUAACUACAUUAUGAUGGGACACAGGACUUACUUUAUAAACUGUACUCUACCAUUCCAAGAGCUUGCAGACCCUCCAGAACAUAUUCUGUUGGCCUUAAUACUUGCCCCCAUAAGCAUCAUCCCAUUUCUGGUCACUCUUGUGGUUUGCAAAAGCAAAACUACCAAGCCACAUACCUAAAGCCACUCAUGCAAGGUUGCUGUUGUUUGGUCCCAGGACUGCUUGAUAACGUGCCAGCAUUUGGCUUGGACAGACCCAAGCUUAUCAUGCUGACCCUUGUUCUUCAUAUUGAAGUCUGAUAACUGCAACUUUGUGAUGUAUCCAAUGGCCAUAUUACUGAUAAUAUAUAAUCUGUAAACUUAUUUUAUCACAUUAUUUCACUGGAUUCAACUUUUCUCCAAUGUGAUUUGAACCCAAAAACAGCCACUGGAUUUAUUUUCAGUAUAUGUGAUCAACAGCUGCACAUUGUGGUCAUCGAGACUGCUGUAUACAGGAAAUGGUCUUCCCUUUUUCAGAAGACAUUAUCAACAUUCACCAAAUUGCUGUCCAUAGAAAACUGUUGUAGUAUUACAGGAUUGGGAGAUUAAUAUUGUUGAACCAAUGACGUGCAAUCUAAUGAGACGUUAAAAGGACAAUCAGCACUCCUAAGGGACAAACGAGGAACAUGAUUUUGGACACAAACUGUGAUUAAACCAAGAAAUGUGGCAUUUUAUUUUUUUCAGUGCAUAAUUUAUAAAACGAUUGUCUUUGUAAAGACAGAAUCACCCAUAAAAUGGGGGAAAAUACUGUUCACUUGGCAAACUGGAGAUUUCUUUUGUGUGCAUCAUCUCUUCUUAUAUUUAACGUCAGCCUAAGGGAACAAUAAUGGAAUGUUUAAAAGAACAUGUUUUUGCAUUGUAUGUGUACAUUAAAUUUCAUACUACUGUCAUUUUCUAGAAAAAAAACUCUGUAGCCUGGGCAACACCAUCAUUCCUUACUCUUAUUAUUCUAUCGAGAAUGCCUCUACUAAAUGGCCUUCAACUUGUGCUGGAGUACCUAGAUCAUAGCCUAUGGGCAAUACUUCCUAUUGCUUCCUGUUCCUGUUCAACAAUGCAACUGUUGUGUUUUGCCACAAAAUCACACAAGUGCAGGGGACCUAUUGAGUUUGCACUUACUGUUUUUUUUAGAGGAUACUUAAAUGUAAGAGAAGCUUUUUGCAUUUUAACAAGUGACAUUAUUAUUUGUCUGCAAUAUUUGUGAAAAGUUUGUGAAAAUAUAAAUAAGCAAAUUUCAUGUAAUGAAUCCGUGAACUUGUAGAUGCUUACCGUCUUCUACUUAUGGUAGAGAACAAGGCAGUGGUCAGGAGAAUGCCUGUUUAUUAAACACUUUGAAUGUG